AUGGAGUCGACCCAGAACGACGUGCCGCCGCCGCUAAGUCAUCGGCCCUUGGCUCUACCCCCCAUGGAGAAUGUAUCGUUUGAGGAUGACAUGUGGUCCAACAUAUUUGCCGAGGAUGAGGCUGGGGCUGUCGGUGGAGUGGCAGACGGAGGGCCAGAUGGACCAUCUGAGGACUCGAAAGCAUCCAGUCACGACUGGCACCACUUAAGUAGCGACGACGACGACGACCAUCGAACCAACGACCAUCAACCUCCUGUUGGCACCCCGGAAUAUUGGACGGCAGUGUCCCUCAGCCAAGCAGACUACGCCCCCAGUCACGUCGACCACCAGCCCCCCCCCAACGUGUUAUUGUCGUCAUCGGGGGGGGUUGCCUUUGAGACUUCCCCCUUGCGGUAUCCCCUUGUGGUCAUUCCUGUAGCCACAACAGCAUUGUCCAAGCCACUGUGCCGAUUCGACGGGCUUGUGGUUGUGGGCACCGACGGUGACGCUGCUGUCGCCCCCGGUCGCCUCGUGCUGAGCAACUUUCGAUCACCCAACCCCAUGGCUGCCACGACAUCAUUGCCCAUCGCCAGUAUGGUGCGGGAUUUGCAGUGGGUGAACCCCACGAUCGUCGCCGUGGCCGUGGGCAAGGACAUUCAACUGGUGCAGGUGGGGGCCGCCGCUGGCGUCGAUAGCGCUACUACCACCGCCGCCUGCUUUGUGGGAGCGCCUAUCACCAUGGCCCACUCGAACGCCAUUCGUGAAAUGGCAGUGCCCCCACUUGGCUGUGGGCGCGACGGAUGCAUCUUGUCUGGAGGCUUUGACGAAACUGUAUGCGUGACCGACUUGGAAAAGCACGAUGUUCUGCUCAAAUUUGACGCGCGGAACGUUGUCAGCAGCGUCCGGUGGAUGCCAGGCGAAGCCAGCCACGUGAGCUGGACCACGGACGGUGGCAUGUUCAGCAUUGCCGACUUGCGUGUGCGGUCGUCGACAGGCCAAAUCAACUUUGACUCGGCGCUGGCAUUUGGGCACGUUGGGGGGUUGUAUUCCCAUGAUUACGUGUCGCCCACCACCGUUGUCGUGGGGUACGAGAGCGGGCAUGUGGCGUGUCUUGACCUCCGAAAGCCCUCCAAGGAAUCGUGCUUUCUUGUGUGUAAAACCCCACUUACGUCCGUGGGCGAAGUGCGCAAGUGCCCCGCCACAGCCGAGUGCGCGUUGUUUGGUGCAGGCGGGUUUAGUCUAGUUCAUUUCCAUGCGACAACGCCCGACACGGACCAGUGGCACAUUUCAUUUGCGUCGAAACUCGCCAACGCAUGCCAAACCAGCGGCGACUUUGCAAUGGGCGACCCCAACUUGAUGGCAGUCUCGGACAGCGCGGGCAUGGUGUCUCUCUACGACGUGUCAACGUCCAGUGCUACGACGGCUUCGUUGCACUCGUUUGGGGACGGGUUGGUCGCGUCACCUCGGUCGCACGCCAUGUCAUUUUAGUUGAUACGUCGAAGUAACGAAUGAUCCAAUUUUGCUAUUAAUGGUGAAUCUCAACUUGGCGGCAGUGGGGGCUGGAGCGUUUCGGUUGACGGGGUUGUUUCGAGCGGGGAGAUUGGUUCCAACACCCACCCUGGCGGUAUUCAUGAGCGUGUUGGUUUUGGGAUUGAGCUGGCAGUCAAUGUAACCAGGCUGAGUCAGCACCUUGCACGUGCUGGCACAUUCUUUCAAACUCAACGGCGCCAACGCGUCGCAGAUUCAGUCGCGAGGACUAAAGACAGCGCAAUGAACUUGAACAUGGUUA